GUCAUCACCGUGCGCCUUAACUCUGACGGACCCCUAGCUAGAAAACAAUGCACGUGAGUGUUUCGUUUACAGCUUGUAGGAAAUAUAAUUGGUUUUUCCUCGCAGGUCGGGUUGACAGGCGUGUAAACAGUCACACACAUUCUCCCGUUAGUGGGUCUUAUUGCCUAUAUGCUCCACUGAGUCGCCCUUUUCCCGCCUCACAGUGUCAACAGAGGAGCGCGACGAUGGAGCAGGCAGCGGCUGAAAGCCCGGCGGAGGUGGACGGAAACCCGGCGGAGGUGGACGGAAACCCGGCGGAGGUGGACAGAAGGCCGGCGGAGGUGGACGGAAACCCGGCCGAAGAGGCGACAGAGACAGCCAAACGCAAAAGCGACGAGCUGGACCAACCCGAAACGAGGGGCCGAGGGAAGAAGCGGAGAGGAGCGGGAGGGAAGAAGCUGCGUCCGGGCGAGAGAUACAUCCCCCCUCCGCAGAAGCGGAACCCGGGGGUCAGCUUCAACCAGGAGCACUUCAACGAGACUAACUACUACUUUGAAGGUGGUCUGCGCAAAGUGAGGCCGUACUACUUUGACUUUAAAACUUACUGCAAAGGUCGGUGGAUUGGGAAGACCCUCCUGGAGGUGUUCAAGAAGGAGUUCAGAGCGGAGUCCAUAGAGUAUUAUCAGAAGGCGGCCAAAGAGGGUCGCAUCCGGCUGAACGAGGAACCUGUGGAGGACCUGUCUGUGGUGCUCAGGAAUAACGACCACAUGAGGAACACAGUGCACCGCCACGAGCCCCCUGUAGUCGGGAGACCCCUGAAGAUCCUGGUGGACGAUGGUGAGGUGCUUGUGAUCGACAAGCCUGCCUCCAUCCCAGUCCACCCCUGCGGCCGCUUCCGCCACAACACGGUGAUUUUCAUCCUGGGAAAAGAGCUGGGCAUCCCUGAGCUCCACACGGUCCACAGACUGGACAAGCUCACCUCAGGAGUGCUGCUGUUCGCCAGGACACUGGAGACCUCCAAGAAACUGGACCAGCUGGUGAGAGACAGACAGCUUGAAAAAGAAUAUGUGUGUCGAGUAGACGGGGAGUUUCCGGAGGGUGAGGUGAUCUGCGAGGAGCCCAUCUUGGUUGUUUCCUUUAGAAUCGGCCUCUGCCGAGUUGACCCAAAGGGGAAGGAGUGCAGAACCGUCUUUCAGAAGCUGAGCUUUAACGGAAAAACCAGCGUGGUCCGCUGUUUACCCCUGACUGGACGCACACACCAGAUCAGGGUCCACCUCCAGUACUUGGGCUUCCCCAUCCUCAAUGAUCCCAUCUAUGGAGCCUCAGCCUGGGGUCCUCACAGGGGGAAGGGUGGAGUGGUGGGAAAGAGUAAUGAGGAGCUGCUGCAGGCUCUGAUAGAGGAGCAUUGCUCUCAGGAGAGCCUGCACCUGUUGGAUAUUCCGGAUGAUGUGAUCGGGAUUGAACAAGAGGCAGAGAAAAACCAAACAUCUAAGAAAGCAGAUAAAUUAGUUGGCACCGCAGAACCUAACGCAAGUGGAGAAAGUCACCAGACACUGAUUGAUACACAGGUGCCAACAGGUUGUAGCUCAAGCGGUGAGACGGUGAAUAAGGGGAGUCAGGGCGGCACAGACUUAAACACUAACGAUACCUCUCCAACCAACGGAAAUCAACCAGAAGCAACUGACUCCACUCACAAAACUCCUGCAGGGACCAGAGACCACCUGUGCAGUGAAUGUAAGUUAGUACGACCGGAUCCUACAGAGAAGGAACUCAUCAUGUAUCUCCACGCUUUACGCUACAAAGGACCUGAUUUUGAAUAUUCCACACCUUUACCUGAGUGGGCCAAAGAAGACUGGGUGGAAGCGGAUUAGAGCUGACCUGAUGGACACCGUUGAUGACAUUUAGGUUACUGGCUUCAUGAAUGUAUAUAUUUAGAAGUACGAGCAGUACUUGAGUCCUUGAGUUUUGAGUUUUGCAUUUGUAUUGAGUUCUGCAGUAACUUCUCUGUUGGUAUAUAAAAUGCCUCAAAAUUAGUUUUAUCAUAAGCUGUUUCCCCCAGAAUAUUUUCCUCCAAACUGCCUGAAACCCCAAACAGAAAAUUGAAUUGUACUCAUUCUCAUUUUUACUUUUAAUACCAAGCAUAUUGUUUUAAUUUCAUUUAAUCCCUUUAAUUAAGCCUGUAAUAUGUCUGGUACUCCAACCAUGAUUUGAAAAUAAAUGAAAAGCCAAAAGUUUGCAGGAAAAUAAAUGAUUUAUUUUAUUUCA